AUGGGCUGGGUUGCUGCCGGUUGCUGCACCGCCAUAGCAGGUUUCAUUCUUUACAGAUUUCUUGUUCAGAACCUUGUGCAUAGUGGCGACGGACCAGAAGUGACAGCGCAACAUAGACAGGCGAGCGAGCGGCCGGUCAGAAUACCAGCAUAUGUUGAUUCUGCAUCAAAGCCGACUCCCCAAGAGAACCUCAACCGCGACUCUCUCCUGAAAGCCUCGAUCCCUCUAAUGGAGGUAACCCAUCCGGAUGACGCGUCUUUGAAGCCAGCGGCUGGAAAGUCUGAACCAAGGACAGCAGAGACGCCCAAGAUAUCUAUGCCGCCUCCCCCACUACCGAAGCCAAACAGAUCGUCGAGCCCUCCUCGUCUCAAGCCUCUCAGUUCCGGCAAUGCUCUUGCAGCACCACGCCCUGGACAAGGCUCCGUUCGACCUCCCCCGUCGGGCGCCGCGUCUCUGCGUGUCCCGGUGACCAAGCCUCUCCCAAACGCCUCACUUGCGCCUACGUCUUCCAUCAUGCCACCGGGGAAGCAAGUCUCUCGCAAGGUGGUCCUCGAGCCCGGCCAUUCCCCCCUCGACUGGGCUGCUUUGACAAACAAUCCCAACAAUCAUCUCCGAGGCAAAGAUGCGCCAGGAGAGAACCUACUUCGGAUAACACCUGCCCAGUUGAAAAUGCAAAAUGGCAGGAAAGGAAGAGAUGCGUGGACGGUCUACCAGGGAAAAGUGUACAACAUAACUCCUUACGUCCCCUUUCAUCCUGGGGGUGCUGGGGAGAUCCUGCGAGGGGCUGGGAAAGAUUCCGUCAAGCUGUUCAUGGAAGUGCAUCCCUGGGUCAACUGGGAUGGCAUGCUGAGCGAGUGUCUUGUGGGGAUACUGGUUAGCGAGGAGCAGGAGGCAACCGACAACAUUGGGAGUCUAGACGAAAUGGAUUGA